AUGUCAGAUGCAGGAAUAGCAAAGCCUUCUGACAGAGUUAAUUAUAAUUGGGUUCAAACGGGGAUCCGUUUUUUCAGAAAUGGGUUGGCAUGGCUUUGCUGGGAGGGAGAAGGCACCCUGCAGGCUGCUCAAGAAACGAGACUAGAAAAUGAACAUGCGAACCUAGAGAGAAUGGAUUCACCUCCGCCAACAGCAAGGACUAGACAUGAAGAUAUGCUUCUAAAUGCCCUAAGACGAAGGAAUGAUCUCCUGCAGCAGCUUAGGGAGCAUCACCUUUUGGAAGAACUGUCACAGCCACCUGUGGCAGCUGGAGGAGGAUACUGUAAGAACUACAGAGCUGAUCCUCAGCAGUUGAUCUACCAGCUGCCUUUUCCAGCUCCCCGAGCGGAGCCACCAAGGAUCAUCCAGCAGACUAUGCCUCCGCAACCUGCUACUAUCAUCCAACAGUUACCUCAGCAGCCCCCACUGAUAACACAGAUUCCCCCUGCCCAGCCUUUUGCAGCCCCUCACUCUGGAAGCAUUAAAGAAGAUAUGGUAGAGAUGAUGUUAAUGCAGAACGCUCAGAUGCAUCAGAUCAUCAUGCAGAACAUGAUGCUGAAAGCUCUGCCACCAAUGGCAUUUGCACAGCCUGCAGGACCCAGCUCUCUGGCUGCACAGCAGGAUUUGCAGCUUGCUGCUCCCAUGGUUGUGAAAGCAGAAAGGCCCAGGCCAUCCACAGUGCACCACCAUCAUCACUACUCUCCCCCAGGGGUGCUACCCCCCGUUGGCUACUCUGUGUGGCCUCCAGCACUACAGUCUGGUCUCAUGGGACAGAAUGGUGGAUUCCCAUCCAUGGUGCAUCAUUUACCUGGAAGCAUGCUCCCCGUGGUGCAUACAAAUGGAUGGACUUCUCCCCAGGCUGCCCCCAGGUCUGUAGAGUCCUCAAGCCCUUAACAGAGGUGGCUCGAGUACCGACAGUACAUGUUUCUCUACAAGUGGACCAUGGCCUCACUGAGGUCAACUUUCAUUAGAACAGUUCCUAAGUAGUCUGACUGACAGCCUAAUGUCUGUACAACUGCACAUUGUUGGUGUGAGAAGUGAGCAAGAGAAAGACCGCAGAUCUUCAGAUGUACCAUGCACCUGUGGUCAGCUCACCAGUUUCAGCUAGUUCAGCUGUUUCUUCUCAUCUUCCAAGCCCAGAGCAGUAGCAAACAGUCACCACCAUCUUACCCUCUUUCCAAAAAACACCAGAAAUUCUGUCCCAAAAUGUUCGUCAGGCCUGACAUCCUACAGUGGCCCCGGAGCGUGAAAUGAGCUUAACACCAGUAUUGUUUGAACCAUUACAAAUGAGUAUGACCUAGCUUCAGGGAUGAGAGUCCCCUUCACAUGUGAUUCGGGGAAAUCCACAUUACAAAGGAGACAGCUGCCCGCCUGGGAAAGAUAAUGCAAAUAGAACAAAGGAUUCCUGAAUAAGGUUUUAGUCACCUAAAGUCAUCAGCCUAAAGUGUUCUUUCCUCGAGAGUGUAGUUUUAGUCUCUCAGAAAUAUGCUUGUUCUGCAGUAAUUACCUGUCUGGGGAACCAGAAGCUAGAGGACAAAUACAAGUUACUUGCAUAAUAGACCAAAAUACUGGUGUUGUGUUUUCCCAAAAAUUAAGGCUCUCCCCACGCUUUGCGAGUUGGGUUUACAAGGCUUGUAGUAUAUGGAUAAAUAAUUCUCAGUGGAGAAGAAAAGGAAAAAAAAAAAAAGUGCUUCUAUGCUUUUUCUCAGAACUAUCGUUUGAUUUAAAUGUUUAAAAUAUAAUGCCCGUACCCACAUCUAGCUGCAGUUCACCUUUUCUGCCUCAGGAGGGCUCUGACUCUCAGUCUUGUAAGUCUUGUAUUUGUAAUGCUACCCACGCUUUUCUUUUCAAACACCUCCUGGAGAGUGAUUUAAGGAGUCUGGAAUUGUGUAUAUGUGUUUCAUUAUUACACAAGCUUUCCUUCAGGGUUCAGAUUUGGUUAGAAAAAUCGGGGGUUAUUCCUUGCAUGUUAAUGUCUUUUUCUUCAGUGACAUAUUAUAAAUCAAGACCUUUCCCUUCUUUACUUUUCCCACUAAUUUUCAGACGGCAGGCUUUAAUCUGAGCCCAUGCUAUCUUGUUCUUCCUGCUGUCUUUUAGGACUCAUUGGAAGACUCGGAGUUUUGUUCAAGUGACAUCAUUUUCAUGGCCUUCAGCAAUCAUUGUGUUUAAUGCAAAAAGAUGAACAAUGAGUUAGUAGCGCUUUCUAAGUGUCAUGUCAUCUUGGCUUUUUUUUAAAACUGGAUUUAUCUGAUGCAUCAUGAAAGAGCUUGAUUAAAAAUGCUGCAUUAUUG